UCAGUUCAUGUACACCAACUUUGAAACAAAGGACCACCAUUCCCUUUAGGACGGUCUACAAACCAGUUUGCUCCGAAGCCAAGUUACCAAAUCAGAAAGGAAGCCUGUUGCAAGUGAAGUUGAAAGCCACAAGGUUUAUUAGCGAAACAACGGCAAUGGGGAAGGGCGAAAUGAAGGUGCAAAACCGGAGACACAGCCGAGAUAUGGAAGAGUACAGCGGCUGGCAGAUACUAUGGAAAAUGGGAAUGCCAUUAUUGUACGUUUUGGCUUUUCUCUCUGGCAUUGUUGGGAUCAUUUGCAAUGGUAUAAUCUCACACUACUGGUCGAACCUACUUACACCCAUGUGUUUCCUCUAUUCAAAGACGCCAAGCGCCAUCGGGUAUACUUUCGGAAGUGCCGUUGCCAACUGCCACUGGGUGACUUACGGUGCCAUUGUGGGAGUCGUUCUUUUAUUUCUCUGCGCUUUACUUUACUUCAUAAAGGUCCGUUCCAGUGACGAUCCAGGGAUGUUUUUGUAUUUACUUUUAAUUUGUGUGGUUUUGGCAACGAUAUUCCUCCUCGCUGUGUCCUGCACUCUGGCGGAGGGCAUGAGGGUCACGUGCGCGUCCAUGGGAAUCAACUCUGCCAAUAACAAAGGAGAAUCAUGCUACGACAAACUUGAACAACGGGUGAGUGUCCUUUGGCGAACGAGGGCGCGGCCCUGGCUGGGACGUCUGGACAGUCAGAGGAAGAAUGAAGACAAAAUUUGCAAUAGUAUGGGGGGGAAAUGAGGAAGGAACGGCAAAAUGAAUCCGCUUCAAACGUCGCUAAUUUUGUUUUGUUGUUGUAGGCGUUUCCUUGGGUCCCUUUCCUUAAUUGCAUAACUAUAUUAAGAUGUAAAUUACUUACAGGAACACAUGAAUGAGAAGAUAAACAAUAUGUAUAU